AAACUGGUGUUGCCCUGGCAGCAUUUGUAAACAUUCUGCCUGGGAACCCAGGGGAAAAGCAGCUGGGAAACUCUUUCUGAGGCUUCCUUGGCCAGUACUGUUCCAAACAAGGAUACGGUCACUCAGGCCAAAGAAAAUGGUUGGGACUAAAAGAGUCACAAUCCAGGAGAAAACGGAUGUGACUGAAAGUUCCAGGCGCCAGAAGACGGACACAGAAGACAGCAGCAAUGUGAAUGAACUAGCUCUGGAGAUAGUUAAGCGUGCCAUCGCUGCUGCUAUUAAGUUUGUGGAAGAAACUAAAAACCCCAUCAAGAACAUCCAGUGGCUCACCCAUGGUGAAUUCACAGCAGAGAAAGGCCGUAGACAAAUUGAGAAGUUUGUUUUGACUUGGGAGUAUCAAGAACGCUGGAUGCACCACACACAGUUCAUAGAGAGGAAAGAGGUGGUUCACAGCUACUACUACCUCUACUGCGUACGCUGGAGCAUCCCGACCGCUAUGAGACCCAUGCUACAAGUCUCCGCCUCUGCCUACUUCACCGUCAAGAUCACCAAAAACAAACCUCCAGAUACGCCCAUUGAGGUCUCUUACGUCUUUGAGGGCCAUUCGUUAGUUCACAGACCAGGAAUGACUCGCUUUCGAGAAAAAUGGCUGAGGGACAUUACUGAGGCCAAAAGUAUUUUAAUGGAGUCAAUUGCCUUCUAAUUCAAUGGUGUCUAAUUCCUAUAGA